AUGCUCCCAGCGCCCUUCCAGUGGAAAUUGGAGCAAGUAACCGCCGACCAGUUGAUAUCAGACGAGUCUACAGACCCAUGCUUGGUCAUCUGUGGUAACUCUAUUGAUGGGCCGUUGGUCGAUUAUCUUUAUGCAUCAUCAAUCGCGACUCUCCAUUUAGACGCUGAUUGCGGUGAUAACGAGAAACAUUGCACUCAUUUUCGGCUUGCUGAUCAUGACCAAGUUGCUCUCUCCGGCUAUGCUCUUCAUAAACACUAUGCAUACCCGGUGAAAGGAGAGAAAACACCAGAAGACACCGAUCUUUUUGUGAAUCAACUUUUAGAAGAGGCUGAAGCUGGAUUGACUCACCAACUACAAAUGGCGAGGGAUAAAGGUGACGAAGUAGGGACGUCUUCCAAUUCACUCAAAACAUUCAUGUGGCAGCAUAUCUUUUUGGAAACCCCGGGUCGACUGGCCUAUAAUAUGCAAGAAAUUGGAGGAACCCUACCAAUCAGCGCGCUAGUUCAGAAAUGA